ACUAGAUGGCCGUUGUUCAAUUGAUAUUUUUCUCGUAUGUCAAAAAGCAUUACAAUGACGUUUUAUGAACAUCCUCUCGAGUCAAAACAAAAAUACUCAGCAGCUUGUUUGUUCUGCUACACUGUUCUCAUUCCAACACGCUUUCAAACAUAUUGACCACAUUGUUGAAAUACUUGGCAUUGUAAAAAACAGUUUAUAAUAAACAGCUAUGGAUAUCUGGUCUGAAAUUCGACGAUGCAUUACUGAUAUUUAUUACCCCCGUCUUUUGUUUCCAGCCCUUAUAAUUUUACUGAUUAUGCAUUCAAAAAUGUCGCAACGCAUACUCUAUAACGAAAUUAAUUUGACGCAGUGAACGUGUUAGUUCUAUAUAAUAUUGUCAUUCACAUCUGCAAGUUUAAACAAGAUCCGCAAAGAACACAUCAUUUCUUAAAAUCGACGGCAACGAAACGUAGAAGUUCAAUGACUGUUAUUAACGACGGAGGUAAUUAACAAAUAAUCUCAUGAAUAAUGAUUUAAUGGUACAUUAACCAAAGCUUAUUUAAAUGAAAAACGCGAUUGUUGAACUUUUAUUACAUGUAAUAAGAUGUCGGACGACGAGCAAACUUCGAAUGGUGGAAUUGUUAACGUGGCAAUAGACAACGAUGAAAUUGGCGCGAAAUCUGAUGAGACGCCGAAAAGUGAAAAUUUACCACGAUUUCGAAUUAGUAUACCGACAGACCAUGAAAUGAAAAACGGAGUAAACCCGGUAUUAAACAAUAUUGAGAAUGGAGAUGAAGAAAAAAGUGAUGAAGCGGACACUGGCCAAGCAAAAGAAACAGAAAGCGAAAAACAGGACGUCGCCCUUCCAAAGCACGUCCAAAUUUCCAUCCCAGCCGAUCACAAUUACAACGACACGACGCACUUGCGAACACACACCCACAAUACGCAAACACUAGGCUAUAUGACGCAUGACGCUGUGCCACUGUCAGUAUUUUAUCGCAAUCAAGCAUCGAUUGAGAAUGUGGCAGGAAAAGACAAGAGACCAACCCUCGAACUACUUCACAAAGGCGACGGACAUGAGAACGCUAAGAAGAGACACUGGGAUGCAUCGAAGGAAGAAAAAGAUUUAGAGGAAUCCAAUGAAGAAAAACAAGCUAAACCGGUCACGAAGCUUGGCUGGAUUAAAGGGGUUCUCUUCCCUACCUUGCUAAAUAUAUGGGGUGUUAUUUUAUUCUUGCGGAUGCCAUGGAUUGUCGGACAAGCAGGAAUCGGUUAUUCAAGUGUAAUUAUUUUGUUAGCAUCCUGUGUGACCACGGUUACUGCGCUUUCCAUGUCAGCGGUUUGCACUAAUGGAGAAGUUAAAGGAGGUGGCGCCUACUACCUUAUAUCAAGAAGUCUUGGUCCCGAAUUCGGAGGAAGUAUAGGUGUAAUCUUUUCCAUCGCAAAUGCUGUUGCAGUGGCGUUGUAUCUAGUCGGUUUUGGAGAAACAGUACAAGCGGUGAUGGAAAGGUCUGGUGUCGAAAUGGUUAGCAAAACAGAUGACGUCAGAAUAAUUGGUCUAAUUGCUUUGGUGUUUAUAUUUAUAAUUACCUUGAUCGGUUUAGACUGGGUUAUACACACACAAUCAGUUCUUUUACUCUUAUUGGUAGCCGCCAUUUUGGCUGUCUCUGUGGGAACGAUUAUUCCGUCACCAAAUGAAAAUCGAGAAAAAAUCGAAUCAUACGGGUUGCCAGGCUAUUCAAUGGAUAAUUUUAAAACAAAUUUCGUUCCUGAUUAUCGCGAUGGAAAUGGCUUUUUUGAUGUGUUUGCAAUUUUCUUCCCAGCUGCUACUGGCAUCAUGGCAGGCGCAAACCUUUCAGGGGAUUUAAAAAACCCGUCAAAAGCUGUACCGCUGGGAACGUUACUUGCUAUUGGUAUGACGUCGGUGUCGUACGUCGCGUUAGCAUGGUUGCUCGGAUUCUCGACGGAACGAGACGCAAGUGGUAUAAUACCAUUCCGAAACAGCACGUUUGUCUUAAACAGUACUUGUCAAAUUGGUUCUUGCGAGUAUGGAUCCAUUAAUGAUUUACAGAUUAUGGAAAAGAUAUCCUUAUGGGGACCAUUAGUUUUAAUUGGAAUUUUUGCUGCGACUCUUUCUUCGGCUUUGGCGUCGUUAGUGAGCGCACCAAAGGUCUUUCAAGCUGUAUGCAAAGACAAAAUCUUCCCUCAUAUUGAUAUUUUUGGAAAGGAGUAUGGACGUAAUGGCGAACCGAGGAAUGGUUAUCUUCUAACAUUAGUUAUUGCUGCUGGUUUUACCGCCAUUGGUGAACUAAAUGUCAUUGCACCCAUCAUUUCUAAUUUCUUUCUAAUGGCGUACGCUCUAGUAAAUUAUUCAGUCUUUGCUUCGUCCCUUUCUAAAUCACCUGGGUGGAGACCAUCUUUCAAGUACUACAACAUGUGGAUCUCCUUCAUUGGGUUUUUACUGUGUAUAGCUAUAAUGUUUCUUAUUAAUUGGUGGGCAGCGCUGAUUACCAUCAUGUGUGUCGCCGCGUUGUAUAAAUAUGUGGACAUUAGAAAACCAAAUAUUAAUUGGGGUUCCUCUGGUCAAGCGCACACAUACUUAAAAGCUUUAAGAUUCACACGGCGUCUGGAAGAUAUUGAUGACCACGUGAAGAAUUUCCGCGUCCAGUGUCUCUGUCUGACUGGUCAGCCAUCUUUAAGACCCAAUCUUGUCCACUUUGCUUCACAUAUUACAAAACAUUUUGGUUUACUUAUCUGUGGAGAGGUUGUCGUUACCGACCAGUUGUCUCCAUCAAGUGGACAUGAAGGGAAAUGGCUAAAGAAACAUAAAAUUAAAGCAUUUCAUCAAAUCGUUCAAAGCCAGAGCAUCCGCCAGGGAGUGAACUGCAUGCUGCAAUCCAGUGGACUUGGUAAAUUAAAACCAAACACACUAAUAAUUGGCUACAUGAGUAAAUGGCAGAAAGCUUCAUUGAACAAAGUGGACGAAUACUUCCACACCAUUCACGACGCGUUUAGCUUGCGUUACGGCGUCGGCAUUUUGCGUCUACAAGAUGGCUUUGACAUUACAGACGAAGUUGUUGAUGACCAAAUUGAAGACGGCGUUGUCGACAAUCACGAGCCCGAUUGGUACACCGAAGACUGGGACGAGAAUCAAAGAGAUAACCACGGGAGUGACGGUAGUGAUCAAGCCAAGGAUGAUCACCAACCCAAUCUGCAACCACCCGAUAUCGUCAUGGAAUUUCAUAAAAAAAGGAAAGGGUAUAUUGAUGUAUGGUGGUUGUAUGACGACGGCGGUCUAACAAUACUGGUUCCGCAUAUCUUGGCACUGAGUUCACAUUGGCGCGGUUGCAAACUCCGAAUCUUUACACCGGCAUCCGAUAAAAAAAUUAAAGCUAAUCAAAUUCGAAUGGCUAACCUUUUGAAAAAAUUCCGAAUCGAUUUUUCAAGCGUUGUGGAAUUUCGAGGCAUCAAUAAGCAUCCCAAAGAGGAUAGUAUAAAAGAUUUUAAAAAAUUACGGGGAGGCGAACAUUUGGCGUCUGACGGCGUUUUAGACAAGAAAACUUUACGUCAAAUUCGUUUGGGUGAACUUCUUCAUGAGCAUUCAUCGGAAGCGAAAUUGAUCGUUUUGACGUUACCAAUACCUAAGCAAAGUUUCGUCACGUCGUUAAUGUACAUGAGUUGGCUGGAAGUAUUGUCGGCUGACUUACCCCCUGUUUUAAUGAUUCGUGGAAAUCAAACCAGUGUGUUGACGUUUUACUCGUAAAUCUUGUGAGUUCAGACAGGGGUGAAGAUGUUGACAAACAAAUUAUUUAAUUUUAUAAACAAUUCAACUUAAAAUGUAAUCUUAAUGUUCUUAAUACAAACAAAAAAAUGUAAAUAAAUCUUAAAUUCAAACAUAGCUAGGAAUUUUACAGGGCACAUAA